AUGCCGAAAACAACAAAGUUCACGUCCAUGACGCCUCUGCCGGCAGGCAUGACGCGGCAGACCGCCAUCCGCUUCCUGCAGGACCACGCCGCCAUGAUUGACCUGAACCCGCUGGUGACGGCGCGGCACCGGAUCCCCGCGCCCUCCUCAGCGCCCCCCUACGAAGCGGCGUGCGCGUGGUGGGCGGUCACGGACCGCAUCGCGUACCUGCCGGGCGGGCUGGCGACCGGCUCCGUGAGCUACCGCUGCGUCUUUCUCGACCUGCCCGGCGUGGGCCUGCAGACGCACUGCUACGCGCCCAUGGGCGUGGACCUGCGCACGCGAUGGUCCGUCAGCGGCGGCGGCGGCGGCGGCGGCAGCAGCGCGCCCGGCGAGGAGGCGCGAGAGCAGGUGGAGCUCGGCAUCGACGAUGCGCCGACCCCUGCGGGGCUGUAUCUUCAUGAGGAUACGGAGCUCCGGUGCAGCGUCAUCAUGACGGCUUUUGUCAAGAAGACGCUCAAGGGCGCGCACAAGAGGCUCGUGGAGCGGCUGGCGCAGCGCGCGGUGGGCGGGCUGCGGGAGGAGGAUGAGCGCGGGGACGGGGAGCAGGGGGCGAGGAAGGAGGAGGAGGAGGAGGUUGGGCGUGGUGAGAGGGAAGAGGAGAAGGGAAAAGCAUGGGUGAGCAGCUAA